UUUAGUGGUGCACAUCUUGCAGCUGCAAAGCCAAAUCUAGCCAGGGCCAGGCCCAGGAACAUGACUCAGGUAUAUAGCAAUCAAAAGUCAACUGUAUAAAAGUGGAUUGUUUAUACAAGUUACUUAAUGCUCUAUUGCUCUAUUUUACAGGAACAAGUCACAGAAAGCCAGGAGAUCCCGGGUUCUCCAGUCAGCACUGCCAUCUCAGCUGUAGCCCUCCAAACAGAGCCACCAGCCGUCACACCUGAGAUACCAGUGGUGUCUCCUGUGUUGCUGCCCCGUUUAUGGGCGGAGGGCAUUCCACCCGAAGACCAUAGGUGGAUAACAAAAACCUUGUUUAGGAUGGGGGCAAAGGGCAAAGCGGAGCUCCAGGACAACCUGAGGCUGUGGUACUACCCACCUCAGCCGAGUCCCCUCUACCACCAGGCACCUUCGCCAGACCGCUUCUUCGCCCAUCCACUACUCAUGUGGAUGCCAUACAAGUUGUGGAAGGUUAAGGUGGUCUGCCCCAAUCCUUCUUGUGGUGGGACUCAGUUGACUGGGGCAGGGCUUCACAAAAGGGCACGGCGGGUCCUGGAUGUUGACCGGAUUUACACCAUGGUCACUGAGACACUGACUUGUGCCAAGUGUAAAGCCUCACACGUGUCCUGGAGCCAAGCUGUCCUCCAACAGCUGGACUUGGCUCACAGGUCAGAAUUUCGGGUCAUCAUGACUCAAAAGUAUGCCUGUGACGUGCGGGUGAUUCGACUUCUGCGGGAGAGGGGCCUGGGCAACAGUCCCACGCGGGUGUUGAAACAGCUGAGGGAGAACCACACAGAGGAGUGGCUGCAACGGGUGUCACGGUACACCACAGAGUGUAUGGGCUUCCUCCAGGGCCCUGCACUGCUGCCUGUAACGUUCCCUGAGCCUCCACAGCUUGACGUUGUGCCGAGUUGCAAGUGGCUCCUGUCUGUGUACAGCCAGGACAUUUUGGCAAGGCUGGAGGACAUCAAGGCCCACAUAACCUCAACAUAUGGCUCCAUUCUUAAGAUGGACUCCACAAAAAAGAUCACAAAGAAGCUUGCUGGGACAGCAAAGAGAACGGCUCUCUGGCUCACCUCCGUGGGAAACGAGCAUGGCCAGAUUUUAAUCAGUGUCCUGACUGCUCAGGAGGGAGCUGGUUUAGACAGGAUGGCAAGUGACCUGGUGAAGAGGUACAAGAAGGCCGGUGUAGAUCUCCCUGUUGCUCUGUAUGUGGACUGCGGAUGCUGUGCUGAGGCAACAGAGACCACUAAGCUGCAGGCCAGAUUCAGCGGGUGGCCACAGCUUCUGGUAAGGCUGGAUAUUUGGCACUUCAUGCGGCGGCUUGCCCUCGGAUGCACCACCGAUGCCCAUCAGCUGUACCCACUUUAUAUGUCACGCAUGUCAGCGUGCAUUUUUGAAUGGGAUGCAGCUGAUUUAGCACUGCUGCGUGAAGCCAAGGCCCAGCAGCUUCAGGCCCAGGGACUGUCUUCCGCAGAUGUGGACAGGCAUCUGACCAGGGAGGAGUUAGCUCUCCACUGCCGACGGAGGACACGAGGAGUGACUACCACAGUCAAGCUGUUGGAGGAGCUGUUUGAUGUGCUCAUGGGGUCCCGUGGCAACGACUCCCUUGGUGUUCCUCUGUUUGAUCAGGAGAGGAUGGAGCACAUCUGGCGGGUGCAGAGGAGGCAUGUGAAGUGCAUCCAAGAUCCACUGGGUGUUGCUCUCUACACUAAAACCGGGGAGCUGACCAAGGGAGGUGUGCGGCUGCCGGUGUUUAGGUGUGCCCGAGGCUCAACUUCCUUGGAGUCUUUUCAUCUCCACCUCAACCGCUUCAUACCAGGGAGCAGUGCCAACAGCCUAAAUUUUCAGGUUUACCUGUUGGAAGGGCUGCAUAGGUGGAACCAGGACCGGCGUGUUGCUGCCCUUGCAACUGAGAAGUCUCCUCUGUGCUGCUACACGGGUGAUUUGCUGCAUUCUGUCAACAACAACUAUGAGAAGCUGUUUGGCAAAAAGCUAGCACCCGAGUUCUGUCCACCCGCACGUUACACAGGCGAGCUCAUCGGACUGCAGUACCUGUUCCGGCAGACUGGUCAGGCACUGCAGGACAUGAACCCGGACUCAGAGGACACCGCUCGCUUGGUAGAAGAGCAUGAUGCGCUGGUCGAUGAGGAAGAUGAGGGCUUCUCAGAACUUUCAGCUGACCCCACAGUGCUGGAUAUGGAGGUUUCUUCCGGCAGCUCUUCCACGGUGGCUCCCAGCAGCUCUUCCACAGUGGCUCCCAGCAGCUCUUCCACAGUGGCUCCCAGCAGCUCUUCCACGGUGGCUCCCAGCAGCUCUUCCACGGUGGUUCCCAGCAGCUCUUCCACAGUGGCUCCCAGCAGCUCUUCCACGGUGGCUCCCAGCAGCUCUUCCACAGUGGCUCCCAGCAGCUCUUCCACAGUGGCUCCCAGCAGCUCUUCCACAGUGGCUCCCAGCAGCUCUUCCACGGUGGCUCCCAGCACUUCCUCCAUGCUGUCUGAGGCUGGAGAUACCUCAAAUGAAACAUUGGCUGUUGAUGACCAGAAUGUGCCGGGAUACCAGCAUGUGGACAGGCUUGCUGAGUACUUGGUGGGGCUUCGGGAGCAGACCUCUCUCUGUCUCACCAACCUACAAGCAGACUGCAUCACAGAACUCUGGCAGAGGCUGGAUGACAGGGACAAGCAGCGGGUUGUUUAUGCAGCACGACACCAGGACAGACUUUUGAGUGGACGCUUUCGUACACCAAAGAAGCCUUCAAAAACUCCUGGUGUGGAGAGCACAACGCGCUGCGUGCUAGGUGCCAGCAGCGCUCCUGCACAGUGGCCUGACUGCUGUAGGUUGGUGGAGACCAUUUUUAUUCGGCUUUGUGGUCUGCACUCAGCCCCGAAAAGGAAAGGCAAGGGGGCAGAAUCACGGUGGUCCUUAAUUUUGAGGGACUAUCGUAAAAUCAGGGAUCUGGUGGUAGGUAAUGCCCGUGUUAUGCAGGGAACAGAGAUACAGCUGGUGGAGGUGAACCAGAACACCCUGAUUCAGUGGCACAAUGGCAGGCAGAAGAAGCAGGAGCUGUCUGUGCUGCUUCAGGGAACUGCUGUACCUCCAAAUUUACCUGUGUCUGAAGAACCACUAAUGGAUGCAAGAGUGCUGCCUUCUGUUCCUGUGCCAGCUCAGUAUGAACAUCAAUACCAGCUGCCAGAGUGUACAGCUGGCCAGGCAAAACAAAGGCAGGCACCAAGUGCCAUCCAGCCAAAAGGUGCCACAAAAAGGCCGUCCCCCCUUCUGGUGGCACCAGCUGUUUUUCCGGCUCCAGCAGCCUGGGCACCCUCAGCUCCUGGGAUCCCUCACCAGGCCCUCGCACAGGCAGGACAACCUGUGGUUCUAUAUCAGAUGGUCCCACCUGCAGAGAUCCAGGGAACCCACCACCAGCAACCUCCAACAAAGAGGCCAUAUAAAAGAACUGUGCAGGCUAACACCUGCAAAAAAUGUGGCCUCUUCCGAACAGCAGAGACUGGGCAUAGCCACUACCGAGGGAGGGUCUACUGCCCACAGUCUGAGGUCCUUACAAAGGAACAGUGGUUGGAGGAGAUGAGAAAGUAA